CUUUGGUCCAAGGUGAAAACCACCGAGACUCUCUAUAGUUUCCGUCUUCGCACAGCAUCAUCUUCGGCCUAAUAAGUAAGAUCUUCUUGUUCAGAAAUGCUACUCUACAAUUGUAAGCAACAUUUCUGUGCUGCACUGGCAUACCGACAUCGAUUAGAAUAUCUUUGCAUGUCGGCGAUUUAAGCAACUCUGCUAGGACUUGCCAACUGUGAAGAUACGUGUCGGACUCGUGAAAGUGGUCCUCACAACUGUAACCGCUAGAAAUCAUAAACAUAAUUAGUCAGAAAAAUAAAACUAGGUUUAUAUAACAGGAAAAUAUAGAAAAAGAGUACUAAUCGUUCGCUUCGAGUUGCCCAUCGAUGACCGUUACAAAAUGUAUCAAAGGCACAUCACCUAGUGAAGUCGACCAAUAGCAUCGACAAAUAGGAUCUGUCUAGGAGCGCGGUGCGGUGAGGCGGGUAGGGUGGGAGCGGACAACUCGAAGCGAACGCGUAGUAGGUACCUACUAAUAAAAUCGUUUUUUUGCGUCCUGUUUCUUUCAUUAUACUCUCAUUAUUUAAAUAAUUUGCAAAAAACCAAAAAAAUAAAUAUACAUAUAUGUGUCGUGUACAUAGGUACCACUCGUGCCAAGAAAGGUCGUCAAUCGUAAUCUUCAUGUAAUUUUGUAAGCCACUUCAGGGUAGCUAUAUAUUUAAUUAACUUGAUUCGAUAUACCUUAGGUAAGAAUGCUCGAUUUUUAAGUCAUUUGAGACCAUGAUUUAAACAGCGAGUUAAUACUUACCAAAUCUCUAGUUCUGGCCCCGUGCGAUAUGAUGCACCCAAUUCUUUAGCCUCCUGUAUAGAUUGCAGAAUUCUGCUAAGAUUUCCCUCAAAAUCCAAUGCCCAUUGAUUUAAUGUACAUACUGCCACAGUCACCUUUCGUCCCAUUUUGAAGACCUUAAACAUAAGUAAUGAUGUAUACUGUUGACCUAUAUUCGGGCUCUAAACCCGUUGGAAUAUCGAUCAAUAUUUUACACACUCCCUUUAAAAGUGACGGGUUUGCACCAAAGUGAAUUACUUAGAUUGUAAUGCAAAAUCUAUUUCAUUGUCAUGUGCAUUAGGAAAACAAAAUAGACAUAAUAUUGAUAAUAAUUAAUUAUAAGUUUUAUCAAUAAAACAGAAAGUUUGUUCAACAAGACAUUUAAGUAGAAAAUAUUAACAUUGAAUACUAUAAGAAUGUCCAAAUAAAGUCAUGCAAUAACUAAACAAAAAUAGUUACAGUGACAAAAUAAGCAAUUGUGUGUUUUUAACAAAGUAGGCUACACCCUUACGUGUAAUACUGAUAGUGAUAGGGCCUUUACUAUUAUUGUUAUAUUUAUACUUUUGUGUCACACCCUAUAGGCUAUAGCGAAAACCCUUGGAAAUAAAUCCCCAAAAUCGGUAACGCCUGAAGGUAACAUUAAAUUCGGACUUUUAGUGCAAGUUGAUCAACAUCAGUUAAAUAAGCAGAAAUGAAAUAACUGUUUACUGCGUAAAAUAAUGUAGAGGUCCUUGACCUUCAUGAAAACAAAAAUAGUAACUACAAUAGUCAUUCAGUCAUUGUCAUUUGAGUGUCCAUAAUCUGAGUCACCUGGGAAUUUAGGCAAUUUGAAUGUAGUCGUAUACAAUCAUGUUUUCUCCUCUUCCAUCAACAUCUGAGUUUAAGCUGUGAAUAUGUACGGUUUGAAGUAAGUUUCAUUGAUGAGUGGCACCAGACAAUAAGUCGAGCAGACUAGGAAAUCGAUCCGGACCACCCGGUACCAAGGGACGGCCAAUCACCUUAAAGCGUCUUUCGACUAACGUAUAAAGUAUGAGUUAUUUGCAAACAAUACUCCGGAUUAUACAGUCCAUAAUUGGAAAAAUAAACCUUUGAUGAUUCUAAUCUAGCUGGCUAAAGAGACAUUUCAAAAGGUUUAAACUAAUAUAGCGUUGCAAAAAUAGCAUUCAAUUGUACCUGUGACUCGUGAGAAUACCUAAGGACGCUCUGUCAACGUCUCAAGAGUUAAGACAUGCAUAAAUUCAGGUAUUCAUCAUGCAAUUAUAUAAUGCUUACGUAGAUCAAACUUGUUUUUCAGUUAACAAUCCUCUGGCCCAAGUCUCUUAGUUUCGAUAAGGAACAAUAUUCCUGCCCCCUAGCAUAAGCACCGCGAUAUGAUAUAUAAUUCGUUUUUAUCACGCUUAAUUGUCAAUUUACUAUGGAGUUUGACAGUUAGACGCGGUAAAAAAUAUGUCAAUUGUGAUCCUCAUCCUACAGGGACUGGUGUGUUAAUUCUGAUAAAUCCUACCGGAUGAUAUGAAUAAAGUUUAGUUCGUUAAGUUAUAUGCAUAAUAUUAAAUUUUUGAAUCUCUUAACCAUAUCAACUUCAAUUUUAAAGUGAAAAAGAAACAAGAAUCUCACUCUUAAUCCCGAUCUUGAUCGUUGAGCUCUAAUCACUGAACCGCGUCAUGGACAAACUUGAUUUCUUCAUUCCGUGUAUAGUAUCUGUCACGUUCACACGUGUUGCCAGUUGCCAUAUAUUUACAUCAAAGCUAUCUGGCCCAAGUCUCUUAGUUUCGAUAAGGAACAAUAUUCCUGCCCCCUAGCAUAAGCACCGCGAUAUGAUAUAUAAUACGUUUUUAUCACGCUUAAUUGUCAAUUUACUAUGGAGUUUGACAGUUAGACGCGGUAAAAAAUAUGUCAAUUGUGAUCCUCAUCCUACGGGGACUGGUGUGUUAAUUCUGAUAAAUCCUACCGGAUGAUAUGAAUAAAGUUUAGUUCGUUAAGUUAUAUGCAUAAUAUUAAAUUUUUGAAUCUCUUAACCAUAUCAACUUCAAUUUUAAAGUGAAAAAGAAACAAGACUCUCACUCUUAAUCCCGAUCUUGAUCGUUGAGCUCUAAUCACUGAACCGCGUCAUGGACAAACUUGAUUUCUUCAUUCCGUGUAUAGUAUCUGUCACGUUAACACGUGUUGCCAGUUGCCAUAUAUUUACAUCAAAGCUAUAUUAUCCCUUGUUUUGACCUUAACUCUAAAUAAAAUAAUUCGAAGAAGGCGCUUGGGUUAAGUGGUUCCUAAAAAAAUAAUUGUUCUUAUUUAAAUCUACUUAAUAAAAUUCAACUAACUGCUUAAUCUGACUAUUAUAAAAACUACUUCAGGAUGGGGGAAAAUGUUUCGAUGACUUACAAAAUUAUAACUCCUUUAUAUAUUUUAACAAGAUACUUGUAUGAGGAAAAGUAUAGUUAACACCUGAAGAAAGUCUUGCACUAACAUAACUUUACUACGCGAUCUUGCGCUUACAAGUUUCAUUUUGAUCAUGAUCAGUGGAUCACUAUCUUGAUUUCAAAAUAUCUAGAUAAAUUUGAAAUUAGAUGCAUCAAUCCGUCAAUCUACUUCGUUCAUUAUCAAUCUGGAUCGUGAUCAUUGAUUUAGAUCGCGAUUGAUUGUGUACCGGCUGCCUAAAGAUAGUGCAAACUAAUGACAUAUUUUCACUAUAAAUAUUGUGUUAUUUAUAUUUCUAAAUAAAUAUACGAAUAAAAAGACAGUUUGCCAAGUCAGGAAAUUGGAAGUCAUUUUAUGGCUUCUCUAACAUACCUAAUGUCUACCUACUAUCAUUGAACUAAUAUGGUAAAACCUAAGGGUAAAGCAAAUAACACAUACACAAAUACCACGGAGUAAUUUAGUAAUUAGUGGUGGCAGUAGUUACCACCUGUUCUCUAUCCCUCUUUAAUAAACGAAGAAUAGACUAGUUACGCUUCAGAAUAAUAACUAAUUGUUAGGCAAAGUGUUGUCCUAAUAUGGUAAAACCUAAGGUUAACGCAAAUAACACAUACACAAAUACCACGGAGUAAUUUAGUAAUUAGUGGUGGCAGUAGUUGCAACCUGUUCUCUAUCCCUCUUUAAUAAACGAAGAAUAGACUAGUUACGCUUCAGAAUAAUAACUAAUUGUUAGGCAAAGUUUUGUCUUUUCGUCGAAUUAAAAAUGUCAUUUAAGUGGUGACAAAACACUGUUAUAACUAGUCUACGUUUAAUUAGGUACUUCUUUUGUGUCGAUUAGGUUUCCUAUCUCAUCUAGCUAUGACGACUACUAUAACAAGCUGACAGCACUAAAUCUAUGGACGCACCAACAUAAUAAUAGACUACGCAGUUUAAAGAUCAAUUGCAAAAAUAAAUCAUAAAAGAAAACAUAAAGUUUUUCUAAAGUACAGACUAAUAUAUAGAAUAAUUGCUGAUAGUUGUAUGUAUGUUUAACAACCACGGUUUAAAAAUUAAAUAACAACAAAAUGCUUACCAACCUCCGCUAAGCUUGAAUAUAAUCCUCACGUUCAUCGAUUAUACAAAACUGUUACCAAGGUAAAAAUUUUCUGCCACAAUGAACUAUAUUUUUACUGACGAUAAGCAUGACUUUAGUUUGCAUACCUGAAUGCAAUCGUCUCUAAUUAAACCAAGUUUUAUGUUCCUCUAGAAUAUUUUAAAAAACAAAGUUUACACAGAUCAGCAUAUCUGCUAACAUUCACGUAGACUUAAUAAUGUCGUAUACUGAAUUGCCAAAAAUCUUAUAUCGCCAUUUUAUAAACGCUUAGUAAAAUACUAUAUACUCCGUAUUAGACUAGGCAGAUAUUUAAAAAGAGUAUCAAAAGGCCGCAAAAUUGCCACCGCACCUCUAUGUGUCUGAUGUACCUAAAAUACUUGCGCAAACCCCAUACCAAGAUUGAAAUAUUUUUUAAACUCAUUUUAGCCUGUAGCUUAGAAACCAGCAUAUCCACUAUCUAUUCAAGUAUCAUUCGCGAAAAGCGCUGAACCCAGAUAAAAUGAUUUCUGUUCUAUACUUAAAUUAAAACAAAAAGAGAAGAUACGCGCUGAACACUCACAAACAACAACAAAUAUAAAAGGAAAUUUUAUUUUUUUAUCAUCAUUGUAAAAACAUUUUAUAUAUCAUUGUAAAAUAGAAAAUAUCUAUGUAGUAAUAGCAGGUUUUUCCGUCCGAUUUUGUUUGCGUAAAUUCAUUGAUUUUCCAUCAAAACUUUAACCACUUCAAGUUUGAUUUUCCGCGACAAAACAAAGUAAUCCUCUUAGGGCCUACCUCCGUUUUCAUAAUACCCUUUAUCAAAAUUCAUCAAAACCGGUUUAACGGCUUAAGUGUGAAAGCAGACAAACAAAGUUACUUUCACAUUUAUUAUAAUUAAGUCAGUAUAGAUGAUAUCCAAAAAUAAUACGUGUGUAGUAAACCUUCUAAUAAUAAAAUGACAAAGGCUGACUGAUUGACUCCUUGCCUGCCUGAGUGUUGUACCUAGAAAGCGUAAUUUUUGCACAAGGUUACCCUUAUGACGUUGACAAGAAAUAAAGUACAUUUUGAAAUUUAACCCCUAAAGGGCUAAAAUUGAGGUUCAUAAUAUUGCGUUUCAAAUCUUGCUUAAAGUAACUAUACCUAAAGAACAAUAAACAAAAUAAGUGCAGUGAUUCAUGAUUUUCCCAAAACUAACUUGUUAGGAGCUGAAAAUUGAGAUGCAUUCUUAUUUACGCACUGACCUAAUACUUACACCCAGAGAGUCCCAUUAUGACGUUCAAGGAAUAGGAGAGGAAAUUUUUAAAUUCAACUCCCAAAGAAUUAAAACGGGGUUAUAAAGUAUGACCUAAUUUCUAAAUUAACGGCGACGAAGUCGCGGGCAUGAGCUAGUUAUUACUAAUUAUAUCCACUAUUACUCGCGUAGGUAGAGUGUAAUGACAUGAUACGUACAAAAAUGCAACGUCACUUUCAUCAAGCAAAGCCAUUGAAAUUAUCACCAAAGAGGUUACCAAGGCAUUUUCACCAUGAAAAUUAAAAAUUAUAUGAGUACGUUAUAUUGCAAAUUAGAAAAGAGCAGAAUAGUAAUUUCGUUUACAUUUUGUAUUAUAUUUCCUUUUAAGUGUUUGGUUGGUUUGGUACCACUACUAACAAUAAAAUAAGACACUAUAAAACAUACCUACUUUAAAAUGUAACUUAAAAAUUUAAAUAAGUCUGAAGACAUGUUAUAUAAAAUACUAUAGUGAAUGAUUAAAGCAUUAAAAUGUAAGCUGUAAUUAUCUGUAUUUGAAAUAUUAAAUAUAGUGUAGGAACUAUCUAUUACUUUUUAAGUCUAACGGCAGAUUAAACUUUCACGAAGAAGUUUCCCCACAAACGAUACAACUUUCCAACACUAGGCGAAAGUGCAGUCACCUUUCAGUGUCUUUCAGCCUUCGCAAAACACAGGUUACACCACAGACACGGCUAGAAUACCUAGAAGCACGUACCUAAUUCAAAAUAAUUAUCGUGAUUAUGAUUCUCGCAACUUGUUACAUCGGCCCCGGCAUAAUUAGUUUUUCUGUGUAUCUUAAAAAUAAAUUCUAAGAAGGCAUUCUUAGUCAUAUGCUUUAUAACUGUACUGUUGAAACGCCUGGCAGUCUUGCCUAUACAAAGCACGGAGAGACUACAGAUUGUAGGGGGUGAAUAAUUCUUCAGUCUAAUAUUUUCUAGCAGAAGCCCUAUGAUAGACAACGACAGUGUAAACGAAAUAAUAACAAUGGCAGAACAUUAUUAUGCUGUUGAAAAUUUGGAAAGUCAAGAAAGACUUGCAGAGAUCAAUAAAGGGACAUUUUUAUCAAAUUUUCUUCAAAAUAAUAUCAAGACUAAUCAAAUUGAAAUUAAUACUGAUAUAAGGACAUUUAGGACUACCGCAAAAUUAAAAGAGCCACGUGAUUUAUUUGCAUUACCAAAAGAAUUAGACUGUCCUCAACAGGCGCCUAGAUGGCCUUCAGAGUGUCAGGUAGUUGAAGAGAGGAUACAACAUUUGUCAUGGAAUCCUGCGUCACCUGAACCAUAUUAUGUACCAACUGGAAAAGAACUAAAGCCACAACCAGUCGGUGAAGACGCUGGUACAGUAAUAUUUCAAUAUUAUCCAAUGAGUGCCGUUAAUUACUUUAGCCGUUCCACGGUUGGAGGUUCAAGACUGUUUUUAUCAGCUUGCGCUAGUGCCAGCCCGAGUGCAGGAGCCGAAGAUGAACUAAGAUUUGAAUCUCGAUUUGAAUGUGGUAAUCUUGCAAAAGCAAUAAAAAUUACUUCGGCUUACUACGAAUUACAUCUUAGAACUGAUUUGUACACUAACAGACAUAUGCAAUGGUUUUACUUUAGAGUGACUAACACUAAGAAGCAAAUGAUGUAUAGGUUUUCAAUAGUAAAUCUAUCGAAAGGUGAAAGUUUAUACAACGAAGGUAUGCGACCUUUAUUAUAUUCCACCAAGGACGCACAACUGCAUUCAAUAGGAUGGAGACGCUGUGGUGAAAAUAUUGCAUACUACAAAAAUGAAUCUACAUCGGAGGAGGAAGAUCAAUUUCCCAGUUAUACACUGACAUUCAACAUAGAAUUUCCACAUACAGAUGAUGCGGUUUACAUAGCUCACUGCUAUCCAUACACGUAUUCAGAUCUGCAAGAAUAUCUUUCGCGGCUUCAAGCUCACCCGGUGAAAUCGACAUAUUCAAAACUAAGACUGCUUUGUCGCACACUAGCCGGUAACAAUGUGUAUUACUUAACGGUCACAGCUCCACCAAAUCCCAACGAAAUUGAGCAAAAGAAAAAGAAAGCUGUAAUAAUAACAGCGAGAGUGCACCCUGGAGAAACACCUUCGUCGUGGAUGAUGAAAGGUUUUAUGGACUAUUUAACGGGAGAUUCCAAUCAAGCACGAGAACUACGAGAAAAAUUUAUAUUUAAAUUGGUGCCAAUGUUGAAUCCAGACGGUGUAAUUGUUGGCAACAAUCGCUGUUCACUGACCGGAAAGGAUCUAAACAGGCAAUACCGAACAGUUAUUAGAGAAACCUAUCCACCAGUUUGGCACACUAAAGUAAUGGUACGAAGAUUACAGGAGGAAUGUGGGGUUGCAAUGUAUGUAGAUCUGCAUGCACAUUCCCGAAAACACAACGUUUUCAUUUACGGAUGUGAGAGUCGUAAAACUAGUGACAAACGACUACAGGAGCAAGUAUUUCCGCUUAUGCUCCAUAAAAAUGCUGCAGACAAGUUCUCAUUUGAAAAUUGUAAAUUUCGAAUACAACGCAGUAAAGAAGGGACUGGUCGAGUAGUCGUUUGGAUGUUAGGUGUAGCGAAUAGUUACACAAUGGAAGCAUCAUUCGGUGGGUCAGAAUUAGGAAGCCGAAUGUCAACACACUUCUCAGUACAAGAUUUCGAAAGCUUAGGAAAAACGUUCUGCGAAACACUAUUAGAUUUCUACGACGAAGAUCCCAGUAAAGAAAGAUUAAGGACUAAAAUUGUAACCAGACUAUUGCAAGAAGGAUCUAAUGCAGAUGAACCCACUAAUAUAGAUUUAUCUGAUUAUUCCAGUGAUGAAGGAGAUACGUCUAGCAGUAGUUCAGAAGCUUGUGCAGCUAAGGAGCCAAUUGAUAUGGCACAGCCUGCACCACCACCGUCACCUUUACUGCCUAGUAUAAAUAGGAACAUCACUGAGGUUAUAAGAAGGCCUCGACCGAAGUUAGAAAAGUUAAAAAGAAUUGAAAUAAAAAAUCCGAAGCGAGAAACUCUUCAGGUAUCUAGAGCCACAAUAGAUUUAACGUCAGAUGCUAUGACUGAUGCUACAUCAGAUGGUGAAUCAUUAGAAGAAAAUCUUAGUCCUAUCAGAAAAGUGCAUAAACUACUGCACUCAUCACCAAAACCGAAACCUAGGAGAAGAAAAAAAAUGCCACCGGAAUUAAAAAUUAUACCCGCACAUACUAGUGAUUCACCAUACCACUCUGAUUGUGAAAAGAAACUCCCUAAAUCUGGACGACCCCGAAGUGUAUCAAUGUUUAAUGAAACAAUUGACAAGCCUAAACUCAAUCCUGCUUCCUGGCACAGAUUUAAAGGACUACCUCCACCAAAGCACCUGUCAGAUAUUAAGAACAAAAAUUCACAACCUACAGAAUUACAGGUAAAACUUAACUGUUUGAAAAGAAAUGUCUGGACAGGGACGCAAACUGAAGAAAAAGGACCGCUAUCCUGGGGCAUCUCUAGCUUUGCUAUGAACUCUUACUUUACGGAUAGUGAGGCAUUACUAAGGUCAUGUUCCAAAAAGUUAGAAGAGUUGGAAGGGGAUAGAAAGAAGAAUAAAGAGGAGAAGAAGAAAAAGAAAUCUAAAAAGAAUCUUCUCAAGGUGCCAAAUAUUGUAGAAGACAUAAUGGAACCUUACAGUAAACCAAAACCUUCAAAGAAAAAAGGAAAAUUAAAACAUUCAAAGUCAGAAAAUUCUCAUUAUAUGAAUAAUCCAAGUUUCACAGAUAUACCAACUAAAAAUGUGCCAUCAUUGAUACAGAAAUCUAACCCCAGUGAUAGCAGACAAGGGAAAAGCCGCUUCAGGAAGAGCGCCAUAAUAACUACUGCAAUUCAAACUAAGAAAAACACCAACAAAACAAACUCCUCAGUAAUAUCUGAUAAUUCUGAUACUGAUGAUUCAAGUCAAUUUAUAAGAAAAAUUAGAAAGAAAACCAAAGUGUUAAAACCAAAAUUAAGAAAAGCUACCUCUGAUAAUAAACUUAAAACUUAAUUUAACAGCUACUUUGGUGUUCUGAUCAGAAUUAUUUUAUUAUUUAAACCUGUAAGUCUCUUAUUUUAGCAAUAAACAUGUGGAUUAUUUAAAUGUGAGUAAAAUAGGCAUUAUUAGUGGUUGAUUUGUCAAAGUAUAAUUGAUAACAAUUUGUUAAGUUUCUUAUAUAAGUUAUGAUCAGAAUUAUUUAUAUUAAAUAAAAUUAAACCCUUUAAUUGGAAAUAAAAUAUGCUAAAUAUAUUAAACAAAUAAUUAAUUUCCCCAGUGAAAUGUUAUCUAAACUGAAGGUUAAAAUGCAGCAAUAAUACAUAAAUAAAGUCUGAAUAAAAUGAUGUAAUAUAGCUAUAAUUCCUUUAAUGCACCAAAUAGGUACCUCAUCAAAAUAAUAAGUGUCAGAUCCAAGGUCUGUUGAAAUGAAAUAAAAAUAGUCCAAAAUGCCUACAUUAUUUAAUAACUAAAUGCAUGCAAAUAAGAUACUAGUGAAUAUUUACUUACUAGUAUUUUAUCCGUGAUAUUUUCGCAGUCGUCGACGUAGUUGCACGUUAGUUUUAAUAAGUAAAAUACAUUCAAAAAGUUUAAAGUAAAGUUUAUUUUAUGUAGUGAAACGUCAAAACACAGGUCUUCUUUUUUUUCGUUCUAUUCUUCCCUAUUGCAAAAGGCAAAGCCAUGCAGCCAUCGUCUUAUUUUUGUAUCAAUAUUCUUUUUUUUACAUUAGUAUAUGGGUGUGACACAUUCUAAUGUUUCUUGGAGUGUUUGGUACAAAAUAUAUCGAGUCAGCUUUCUCGAAAAGCUUCUGUGAGGUAGUCAACACUGCAAUAAAGUUUUUACGUCCACUUGACCGGAAUAACAUAUAUUUUAAAGAUUCCGUUAAUUCUUCAGUGGCGCACACGGUUGUAACACAAAAUCACACCAAUUUUAUUUCACAAUAUCCACUAUGAAUGAAUUCAACAAUAAUUAAAAUAAGACGCCAACCGCACUCGAUAAAUUCCCGCCAAAACCCACAGGUCUUCUUCUUUUAUUAUGGCAUGACGGCUAAGGCUAAUCUUGCCAAUUGCCAUAUGCAAGCUUCAUUUGAUGUAAUUGGGUAGUAAAUCAAUUAACCCGUAUUUAUCCCAACCAAACCUAACCUAGCCUACCCAAUUGCAUAUAAAAUGACGGACGGAUUUUAUAAUGCUUACCCAAUGAAUACAGAUCAAUUAACUUUUGACUAACUCACAGAGGGUUAGGUUAAGUGUUGCGACCUAAACUUAGCGCGAGCAAAGCGAGCGAAAUAAUUGCAUGAAAUUUAUAAAAUAAUAAUAGUUACCUACCUACUCAAUAUUAAGUCCUUACCUAAUAUAAAAAAUACAGUUAUAUUAGUGGUAACAAAAUAUUUGUAUGAAAUCAGUCAAAAUAUACGGUUACGUUGCUUGGUAUGAUAAAUGUAAAAAAAAUAAGAGACAUAGUAAAAAAAUCUUUUUUCAACAAACGUUUGUCAACCAACUUGUUUGGGUCAAGUUAGACGAAGCAGCACAAAAAGCGUUCACAACCGGAGUAUUAGCUGGAAGUGCCAAUAUCCUUAAUUCUCCAGUGUUAGAAAACUGAAGAGCAUUACUUAUUCGAGCUCCAGAAGACGAGGCUCCUGAUAUUUGGGGUUCUCCGGUAAUUGGAUUGAAGCUACUACAUCUAGUUCGGGCCAAUAUGCAAGAAGUAACAUUUGUAAAAAACCUGACGUUGUCUGUAUCAAGCGUUAUGUUGACACCUGUACGCGCUUCUCUCGUACAUUGAAUUAUCUGAAAUAUCAAGCAGAAUACAGUCAAAUAAAUAAAAUAUUCAAUACUGUAAUUAUAUACCUACUCAAUUUAAAGAUAUUGAGAAUCCAUUGGUUCAACACAAUAGUUAGGUAUAAUGCGAUUCAACUAAGAAUAGGAUCGACGGGGCGCCAUAUUGUGACGUCAAAGCUGUCAAUUCAAACGAAAAAGGUAGAGUGAGCAAAAAAGUUUUUAUUUAAUAAAAGUUAUUUACUGAGAUUAAGUGAGAAAAAACAUCCGAUUUUAUAAUAAAAUUUAUUUACUAAAAUUGAGAAAAGAAAAUAACCGAUUUUCAAUAAUAUUUAUUUAUUAAGACUGUGCGAGAAAAAACAUUAAUCAGAAUUAAGCCCUUCAAUUCCGCUCAUCUCUGCAUUACCGCCGGAGUAGUUAUGAAUAAUCAUGCACUAUUACUAGGUCACAUACGAACAUGUAUCCUAUAUGUAAACC